AAAAAACUGUAUAAACUAGAAGAUAAAAUUAGAGGAAGAGCCUUGGUGUAAUUAAUUACCCAGGCCCUAACCCUAAGGCUCUAUAACUACCAUAUAUAGUAACGACAGUAUCACCACACUUUUUUAUUGUUAGUAUGAUGUAUCAUGUAUGCAUAAAUCUGAUUGAUCAAUUUUUCGAUGUUAUUUAACAUUAAUUUUCGAUCUUUCAUUAACAAAAACCUUUUAUGCAAUUUAAAAUAUAUCUAAAAACUUAUAAAUCAGUAAAUCAUAUAUACAAAAACGUCUUAAAAAUCAUAAAGAAAGCCGAUAAAGCGGAGAGUUUUUAGGUCAUUAAAAUUUACAAGUUUUCAUAUUUUAUGUUGUUACCUUUUAAUAUAUGAUUUUUUUUAAAACUUAAAUUUUUUUUGUUAAGAAAGGGCUUAAAAUUUUCUUUUUUUGACAAAUUUUAAAGUUAUACUGUUACAAUCUUAUUCCAUAUUAAAGUGGAAUAGUAGUAUAUAUAUACCUAUAUAUAUUUCAUUACAACUAAAAAAACAGAAUAAUCCAAAUAUUGUCAUAAUACAUAAACCCAACCAUUUCCUCUCAUCUUCUUUAAAUCACCGUUGAUUAUGUCAAGGUUUGAGUUUACAUGAACAAAUGACUGACUAGACUGGAACCAUAUGUCUAAGGUCUACUGUAUGCAUGGUUUAGUUUGUAAUGUAUUUUUAAAAAGUUAGGACAAACAUUAUUAAGUCAGCGCAUAUUUGGAAAAUACAGCUGACAAAAUAAUAAUUUCAAAAGUAAUGUAAAAAGUAUAAAUAAAUAACAAUUUACAUGCUUCUAUAUAUUUUCGUGAAGUCUAGGAGUACGUAUCCGAAAUAGAUCAUUUACGAUAUUUAAAAGUUCUAUAGCAUAUAUUCAUUUAAUUAAACCCAUUUCGUUUUUCGACUAUUUGUUAGUUAUGUAAGGUAAAAUAUUGAUUAAUACGUUGUGUCGCUUUACAGAGAUUAUAAGAUAAAAUGCAGUUAUAUUUUAUCAAUAGAUUGGAAUAUUCUGAAGAUGUAGUAGAAUAUUAUAGCAAGAUAAUAUUUUUCUACUAAACUAAAACAAGGUCUUUGCUAUAUCAUGGCAGGAUGUCUAUUAAUGGAAGUUUUUGAAGACAUCAUCAUAUGCAGUUUUUGUUGUUAAGGAUCAUAUGUACUUUAUCAAAUAUGUAUUGUAUUUUGGUAAAUAUAAUUAACUAACUUUGAAAAAGUUAUGUAUCUAAUUAGUAUUCAACAUUAAACUCAAUGGAUCAGCGCAAUUAGAGAGCGUAUUAUUAAUCCGACCGUAAAUAUAAUGUUCCCGAAUGUUUUAAAUAUUAUAUGUAUCGAAAAUUCAAUUUCGGACUGUUCAAUUUGAGUUUCUGCUAAAUAAGUUGGAAGCUUUGGUAAAACGUAAGCCUAAAGCUAACUAAUAUAUAAUCUACAGCGUAGUUAAACAAUAUAAUGAGCUUCUCCAAUCUUGAUCCUACAAUUCUAUUGAAAAUUGACAUACCAUUAUCACAUUGUCAUAUUCGGGUAUACCAUCCAACUAUAUUAUUUUUGCUUACUUAAAUUGAUGUGUUUAAGAACUAUGAAAUAAUUACGAAGUGGAGCAAUAAGAUAAGCGGAAUGCAUCGAGUCAUAACCAAGAAACUACAAAAAUAUGCUUUGAAGACCAAGUUGUAUCGCCCACCAUAAUUAUUAGCUGUUCAUAUCUAAGGGUAUCCUUAUAAAUUAAUUAGAAUGAUGAUUGUCAUUGGUGUUAUAAUUUAUCCACUAUUCCUCAUGUUCUCUAUAUAUACAUCCCAACUCCUCUCCCUCAUUCCCUCACUUCUUACAAGGCAUCCAACAAACAAAACUAACCAAUCUUCUUAACUAAGAUUAAUCUCUUAAUUAAGACGCUUAAUUUAAUAACAAAAUUAAAAUGGAAGCCAUGGGAGAAUGGAGCAACAACCUCGGAGGAAUGUACACAUAUGCAACCGAAGAAGCCGAUUUCAUGAACCAGCUCCUCGCCUCCUACGAUCAUCCUGGCACCGGGCCAGCCUCUGGGAUAACCGGUGGAGACCACCACGGCUUGUAUUGGAGCCUUGGCUCUCAUCACAACCACCUUACUCUCAUGCCUGAAGCCAGUAGCUUCUGUUUCUCUGGCGAGAGCAGCAGCUACAGCGUUGGGAACAGUGGAUACUAUGCGGUAGUACCACCCGCGGCUGAAGAGAACAACAAUGUGCCAAUGGACUUUGGGCUGGAAGAUGCGACCAUCAACACCAACUCUUACCUUGUUGGUGAGGAGACAAGUGAAUGUGACGUGGAGAAAUACUCAUCUGGAAAGACUCUUUUUCCCUUGGAAACCGUUGUUGAGAACCACAAUGAGGAGGAGAGCAUCUUGCAAUCCGAGAUCUCUGUGACUACUACGGAUCAUCAUCAGAAAUAUCUCACCGGUUCCAAGAAGAGAUCACGUGCGACAUCGGCUGAUAAAAACAAGAGAACAAAAGUGAGUAAGAGAGGCCAAAAGAAUAUAGAGAUGAGCGAUGAUACCAACAAUGGCGAAGAAGAUGAAGGAGAGAAGGUGAAGAAAAGAAAGAGUGGGACUAUGAUGAGUAGACAGAACUCGAGCACCACUUUCUGUUUCGAGGAAGAAUCACAAUGCCCUUCUCAGGAUGAUGGAGGAGAAGAGGAAGAAGAUGCCUCCAAGGCCCUCAACCUUAACGGAAAGACCAGGGCCAGUCGCGGUGCUGCCACCGACCCUCAAAGCCUUUACGCAAGGAAAAGAAGAGAAAGGAUAAACGAGAGACUGAGGAUUUUGCAAAAUCUGGUCCCCAAUGGAACAAAGGUUGAUAUCAGUACAAUGCUUGAGGAAGCCGUUCAUUACGUCAAAUUUUUGCAACUCCAAAUUAAGUUAUUAAGCUCUGAUGAUCUAUGGAUGUAUGCGCCGAUUGCUUUUAACGGAAUGGACAUUGGCCUCAACUCGCCGAGAUGAUGCACGGAUCUUGUGAUUUUAAUUGGACUUUUUUUCUCAUUAUAUAUAACAAAAAUGUAAUUCUCCAUUUCAUUUUUAAUAUUCUCCGCCUUCGGACGAGUUCGAUUAUAAAUUAUCGUACGAUGUUUAAUAUGAGAGAAAUGGAGUCACAUUCUAUUUUUUUUUUCACAUUCCAGUUUUAUUCAAAUUACAGACUGGACUCCAGAUAUUGUGGACUUUUUAUACAGUGGUGCAGCUAGAAUUAGCUAGAGAUAGACAUUCGGUCGGUCACAUACUUCCUUUUUGGAAUUAAUAUGUGUAACCUUUAAUACAUGCAGUAAAUUUUCAGUUUUAUUAUUUAAAGUUAAAUUUAUUUGGAAAGAAAAUUGUUACCACAGAUUAGCUAUAAUAGCAUCACCAUGAGCAUACCUAUUUUACAAAAUUAGUUGUGUGGGCAAAGCCGAAUUAUGUUCAUAAGAUGGAUUGUUGCAAGAGAGACAUGGCGAGAUAGCCGCUAUGGAGAUCCUAACUAAGCAGUGGUUUGUUCUCUCGCCAGAUGAAGUAUAGAAUUGUGUGAUCUAAGAUUUCCAUUAUCGUAGAACACCAAGUUUAAUAUGACUAUACAAUGAAGCUCAAAUUCGCGGUAUCCAUCCGGCUGUCUGAGAUCCAUAUCGAGACGUCCCAAGCAUAAUCUUACUCUUACACGUUCGACUUUAACAUCAGGCAUCAGUUUAACUAAACUUCUUCCAAGUUUUCCAGGGUUGAUGAAUGAUCGAGGAACAUCGAAGGAUCAUGAUAAUCAGUUUCAACCAUUUUUACGGUGUUAAGCAUAAAUCACUUAUUUGUUUGCAUGCCCUAUACAAGUAAUUUUAGUGCCAAAUAAAUAUUUUAUAACCGAAAAACUUUAGUCGUCCAAACCAGAAAAGGAAUAGUUUACAUACAUGAAACUUCGGCCGCUACAAUGUUCAUUCUCACACGUAUUCUUGAAUAAGGCCAGUUCAUGUAUAUAGUUUAUUUACUCUUGAAAUGGAAUAUUUUAGUACUGAUUCUGCGCAUUUGAUUUUCCACAGUCUGAUUUUUAUUAAAUAUAAUUGUUCCCAUGCAAUAGCUGUGUUAUACUUAUACACCCAUCGUAUACAUAUUAUUCCCUGACAAGAGUCUGAAUACAUGAUAUCAAGAAUUAAAUAAGAUUUUAUAUCUCAUAGAUCAAAACAUUUAAAAGUAACCAG